UGCCAUAAUCCUGUUUGUUUGUUUUAUAGUCACAGAAACAGUACUGUCUUUUUCAUAGUCAAGUAUCCUGGGAAGCUUCAAACCAAAGUUGUUCUCUCUCCUCCUGUGGAAUCCUGGCCUUCCUAACUGGAGUGGAGGGGUGGAUGCAUCUGUAUUGUUUUCUUUUUCUCCAGAGUAGAUGUAAAAUGGUGUGGGCAACUAAGAUGGAAUGAUUCAGCCAAAGAAAAUUCAGGUAUAAAGACUUGUUCAGUGAUACAGAAGUACACUGUAAGUAUCCCAUCCAGGUGUGGAUAUAAAAUCAAUAAGCUCUGAAAUCAGAAGUGAUUCAUCUUAAAGCAUGGAGUUUGGGGAGAAGUUGUGUGCUCAUUGCUUGCUUCUGCCCAGAGUCCACAGAGGUUCUUACUAAUUUAAAUUUUCAUCACUUUGAAAAUGGAGCUUCCUUCAGAAUGUCCUGUAGAAUAAAUUGUAGUACAUGAGCACUAGGAAAUUCUGGAUCAGAAGCUGUGGGUAACACCCUUGCCAGGUUAAUUAAAACACGUGUGCCUGUGUAAUUUCUGUUGUGAAUUGAAAGGUGAAGAAGAGCCAGAGCAAAUGGAUUUAUAGCACAAUUCUAAAAUGACAAAAGCAGGAAAUUUUCAAUUACAGCUGGUUUCUUUGGUUAGCAUAGAACUGUACUUUAGCACACAAUGGCAACACAGCUGCUAUUCUGUUGUUAUUAUCUUUGUCACACUGCUCUGCUUAGUAAUACGGCAGCUUGCUUCUCAGCAUUUGGUCUGCACCAGCGUGUCUCCAGUUUCAUGGGGCAGCAUGGCUAUAGGUUGCUCUCCUGGGCCCGGUUUCGAACCUGUCAGAGUGAGUUGUGCUGCUUCAUACAUCAGGCAACUGAGUUUGUGUCUGUGUGCAGAGCAUUUCAAGCAGAAAUCACAUUUUGUUUGUCCAUGACUGCUUUUAAUUGACUGGCAAAGGUGUGCUAAGGUUCAUCCUCCAGAAUAACAGCAUCUUGGUCACGUAGUUGGAGAACCUUGAGUAGUGCUCUUAUAGCCCACAAGUUGUACCACAGAAGAAAGUAAGGUGUAAUCAAAUGAAGAGAUGGAAGGUCCUGCAUUCCCUAUUACUCACAGCUUUCUGCCUUAUUGGUGCGAGUCUACCAGGCUUUGUGUUCCUCACAAUGCUGUUGCAGUGUGAUGUCCUUUUUGUCAUUACAACUUUUGUGACCAUCAUUUACUUUUUAAUGAUGUGUCUUUGUCACUGUCAGGUAAACAUAACAAACACUGCAAUCCACUGUAUUCGUGGCAUCUGUUUUCUGUAACUUUGGCUCUGUUUGGUCUGUAAAACUGUAGUGAGCUCAUCUUAACGUGGUUUGAAAGCGGGACAAAACACAGCUGGUACUUGGUUUUAAGGCAAACUCAGAGCAACUGUAAGGUUGUUUUUUUUUUUCUCCCCACAUGUUAAGACUUCCUUGGAUACAGGACAAAGACACACUUAUUUAUGGCUAUUUACUGUAAUAAAGUAAACUAAUGCUCUUAUGCAUUGCAGAGUACUCUCCUCAUGCAUCCUAAGUAGCUGUAGGGUGUUGAUAGCUUCAGUGUGACUCUAAAGCCAAGUAAAAUAGCCCUGUGUGCUGUCAUCAGGUUUAUUACAGCGUAAUUUCCUUUUAAAAACAAGCCUCCUUUUAAGGACUUUUAUCUUAAAUAGCUAAUGAAUGUAGUGGCAUUCAAUAACAAAAUACUGUUAUGAUGCCAAAAAUAACUUCUUGGUCUCUUUGAUCUUCAUUUCAGCUGAAGAUAUAAAAUUCCACUAGAGACUUUAGACAACAGGCUCCAUUAAUCUCAACAAAUUGUUUCGAAAAACUGCAGCUAUAGAUGUUGAUUAAGACAGUGAAUAACCUUGGGUUUUAAUUUUCAAUACAACUCGAGUUAACUCUGCAUUAAUUGGAGUCACGCUACCAAGUCAUGCUGUUUUGUUCUGAAAUCUGCAUGUUGCUGCUUCUGCUUAUCUUGUCUUUGAUUAAUCAUUCUCUCACUUGUUGGCAGCAGUUGCAGUGGGCAGGGAAGUGCAGUUCCAGGUGGAGCUGAGGGCUGCACUCUGCAGCAUGGUGCUCCUGGGGCUCGGCAGGUUUCCACCUGGCACGCUGAGGGCUGCCUCUAGUACUCUUAAAGCCAAUCUUCUAUCACUGACAGAGUUCCCAUUUCAUUCUUGCUGUGUCUAGGUUGUGUAGCAGUGUUCAGUGCAGGUAUGAUGUGUCUGUUUGUGUCGUGCUUAAUUUCUUCUCUUCACCAUAAAAACUUGCACAGCUACCUAAGGAUAAGAGCAAUCCAGAUGCAAUCCAGAUAGGAAUGCAUGAUAUUUAUGUAUAGCACCUUAGUAGUUACAUGCUUCCAAGGGAUGCACCAACUGAUGUAUUUAUCUCAAUAGGGACGUUGUGUGGGUGCAUUAAUGGAGCAGGUACUGAGACCUGCAGUGUUUGCAUGGCACAGACCUCUUUUGGCUUCAUGGAUUUAAACUCCUGGUGGCGGUGUUUCCUGAAGUUGGGCUGAGGGAACAGCUCGGCCCUGGAAGCCUGGGAGCAGCCAGGGCCACCAGCAGCUGGCAGAAAGGUUGUGCUGUGCAGCACCUCCAUGUCUCCCCAGGUCCCUCGGUUUUAUCUCGUGCUGGGCCUGUGCCGUCGUGCCGUCUGACAGCAGUGCACGCUUGGUUCUGCCUUGUUAAAAACAUCGCUGUGGGCCAAGUGGCGCUGUGGGUGUAUCAGGCUGCCCCAAGUCUGGGCUUGAGGCCCUGGCGAGGUUCUCUCUGAGGGUGACCUGGCUAUAUCCCCGUGAGGAGCUUUUUCAGAGGCGUUCUUCUCUUUGCAUUAGCCAUCCCAGGUGGGAUGCCAUCCCAGGCUAAUAGGCUGUUGGCACAGUUGUCUUGCAGAGGUUGGAUGUAAUUCCAAUAAAUGCUCGGUAAAAAGUAACAUAGAUAUUUCAUUCCUUGAUCUCUUGCAGAAAGAAGCUUUUGUUGUUUGUAACACGCAGUGCUGAAGAAUGCAAGAUAAGUCAUGGACUGGGUUCUGUCCAUACUCUGACUCUGUCAAAUACACCCUUCAGAUGUUUCAGUCUGUUUUUUUGACGCUUUUGUACAACUUGCAGUCAUCAACGUGGGAUUUAUUUAAAUGUGUGCAGUGUGGAAGUGUUGGAUCGUGUGUCUGAUCUAAGGAUGUGCUUCUGUGAAUUACUCCUUUUUGGUGAUCCCUUGGAGCUUGAAGGGAGGAUGUGUGUUUACUUGGAAACUAGAAACAAUACAUUUAAAUAAAAUAGCUGUUACUGUAAUGAUCAUUACAGGGAACAAAUGAAAUUAAUUUCACUACUCUGUGCCAGAGCUCCUCUGUAUUUUGCUGGAAUUAAGGGUUUUUUUGUGUCUGCUUUUUUGAAUAUGAUGUUAGUCAAGCUGAUGAUGUGUGUAUGAUACUACAGAACUCUCCACAUUGGUGGCACUGUGUGAAGACUUUGUUAUUGCAGCUCCAGUAAAGGCAGUGUAAAUGUAGCUUGCUGACUGCGAGCAGCACAUGUAACACGGUAACUCACAUCUGCCAAGUUGGUUGUCUGCUUGUCAGGCAGUUUCUGAGCCACAGCUGCUGUGUGUGUACUACUUACUUUCUUGUUACGGGGAGAGAAUGCAUAUUCAGUUUGUGUCCUGUCUAAACAGUAAAAGAAGCAGUUUUUCUCGCUCUAGUACUGGCACAAUUACUAUAAACUUUUUCGAAAGCUUGGGGCUGGAUGUAGCCUGAUGCCUGGAACUCCCUUGCUGGUGCCAGGGGCAGACUGGGAAGUGCUGGCUGAAAACCUCUUCUUGGAGCUUUUGAGCUGGGUGUGCUUGGAGCUUACAGCUGCAUUCUUAGUUGAAGACUGAAAUGUUCUGUAUAAUGUUGACUUUUCACAGUGCAACUUCUAAUGUGAAGGUACUUUGGCUUAGAAUUGCUUCCAUACCUAUGGUGCAAGUUAAUGUAGGGAAACUAAUGGGAAACUAAAUCUUGCUAAGUGUUGCGAAUCUAGAUUUUUUUUUUUUUUUUUUUUAUUGUGUGAUGCUCAUAGACUGGUCCUUAACUAGGAGUUUUUGUUUUGUUUUUUUUCUUCCAGUCUUCAUGAAGAAAUCAUUGACUUUUAUAAGUAUAUGUCUCCCAGACAUGAAGAAGAGAGAAUGCGAAUGGAAGUGGUGAACAGGAUAGAAAACGUUAUAAAGGAACUCUGGCCUAACGCAGAUGUGCAGAUAUUUGGAAGUUUUAAAACUGGUUUAUAUUUGCCUACAAGCGAUAUUGACUUAGUUGUGUUUGGAAAAUGGGAGACGUUACCUCUUUGGACCCUGGAAGAAGCUCUUAGAAAGCACAAUGUAGCAGAUGAAAACUCAGUAAAGGUUUUAGAUAAAGCAACUGUACCUAUUAUUAAACUGACAGAUUCCUUCACGGAAGUAAAAGUUGAUAUCAGUUUUAAUGUACAGAAUGGGGUUAAAGCAGCACAGCUCAUCAAAGAUUUUAUCAAGAAAUAUCCUGUAUUACCAUAUCUAGUUUUAGUAUUGAAACAGUUCCUGUUGCAGAGGGACCUUAAUGAAGUAUUCACAGGUGGAAUUGGUUCUUAUAGUCUUUUUUUAAUGGCUGUCAGUUUUCUUCAGCUGCAUCCCAGAGAAGAUGCCUGCACACCCAAUGCCAACUAUGGUGUUCUUUUAAUAGAGUUUUUUGAAUUAUAUGGACGUCACUUCAAUUAUCUGAAGACUGGAAUCCGAAUAAAGGAUGGCGGCUCUUACGUUGCCAAAGACGAAGUGCAAAAAAGCAUGCUAGAUGGCUAUAGACCAUCAAUGCUGUAUAUUGAAGAUCCGUUACAGCCAGGUAAUGAUGUUGGGAGGAGUUCAUAUGGUGCCAUGCAAGUGAAACAGGCUUUUGAUUAUGCCUAUGUUGUUUUGAGCCAUGCAGUUUCCCCAAUAGCUAAAUAUUAUCCCAACAACGAAACUGAAAGUAUAUUAGGUAGAAUCAUUAGAGUAACACAAGAAGUGGCCACCUACAGAGACUGGAUAUCAAAGCAGUGGGGAAUGCAAAGUAGGACUGAGUCUUCAUGUAAUGGUAAUGGAGUAACCCUGAUAGUAGAUAAUCAGCAACUAGACAAAUGCAACAACAAUCUCGCUGAAGAGAAUGAAGCACUGGGAAAACCUAGAAAUAAAACUUCAGAAACACUUAGUAAACAUUCUUCAAAUUCUUCAUCAGGUCCCUUAUCAUCGUCAUCAUCUACACUGUCCAGCUCUAGUGAUGUAGAUUCUGAUGGAACACCUUGCAAAACCUCUAAGCAAUUGAGUUGUCGCCAGCCUACAACAAACAGAGUGGGGUCACAAGAAGUAUCACUGGAAUCCUCCCAGUCAAGUGGGAAAACACAAAACAGCCAAACAGGCAAUACAUCCAGCAACACGAACAAAUCUCAGCAUGGAUCUGCACGGUUAUUUCGCUCUUCUAACAAAGGCUUCCAAGGUCCAGCAAACUCAAGCCACGGUACCUCAGUCACAAACAAACAACAUCAAGGCAGCAAAUCACACCAUCAGUAUUUCCAUGGCAAAAAGAGGAAACACAAGAGGGAUGCAGCCCUUUCAGACCUUUGUAGAUAGUUGCCUAUUUUAUGACUGUUCUUCUGUGUGCAAUGAUCUCAUGCUACAGGAUAGUUUGAUAGUGACUCCUUGGAUCUCUUCCGGAGCUUCAGACUGUUCGGACAUUGAUUAGCAACUGCAUUUUUUUUUCCCAGCUCGCCACGGAACGGAUCAUGAAGAUUGAUCACUGCAAAAAUAAAAAGUAAUAAUAAAAAAUAAAAAAAAAAUUAAAAAAAGAAAAAUAGAAAAAAAAAAGAAAAAAAAUUAAAAAGAACAAAAAAUUUUAAAAGGAAAAAAAAAAAGGAAAAAGUCUGCUCAUUUGAUAAGUCAUAUGCUACAACAGGGUCAUUUAGGAUAUAAAAGCUUGAAUGUAAAAUAAAUGUAUUUCCCAUCAGCUCAUGCUGACCUGUAGGGGUAGUACUCAGUGUGUCUAGGGGGUGGUUAACAAAACACAGAAAAUAGGAAAAAAAUAAAAAGGCAAAAAUUGUAUUUUGAGGGAAACCCAGCCUUUAAACGUGAAAGUAAUUUGUGCAUGAUUUUUUUAUUAUUUUUGCAUAUACUUACCAUUUUAUUGUGUAUAUAUAGAUGACCAUAUAGGAAAACUGACAUUUGUAAUAGUGGAUUUGUUAAUACUUUUUACAUAACAUUACUGUUUAAAUUGUAAACAUAAAUUUUUCUCAGGAUUAGUUUGGAAAAUAAUCUGAAUUGUCAUCUUAACAUCCAUAUAAAGAGACAUUACUAGUUAUAUUGCUCAGAAUUUCUUUUCUUGGCAUUAAGAUUUAAUAGAACAUUUGAUCUGCAAAAGCUGUUCCUCUGGAAGAAAGUUUUAUGGUGACAAAUGAAAUGUUUCAUUUGUAUAAAGUGUAGCUGUACUUUGUGUAGACACUGAGCUUGUCAUCUCGGAGAAGUAACCUUCACCUUGUUUUCUAGAGUGCCAUCAUUUCAGGGCAGUGGGGUUUUAUAGUUGCACCCUUCUCUUCCUCCCCUUAGUGGUCCUCCCUCCCUCUUUUUUUUUUUUUUUUUUCUUUUUUUGAUGUAAGCCACUUUGGGGAGGGCUGGUUGGUUGGUGUUGGUGAUUCUUUUUUAUUUUUUUUUUCCCCUUUUUUUUUCCCCCUUAGUUUAAAAAACAAAAUCAAAACAACUCGGUUUGCUACAGGCCGUUUGCAUUCCUGGGCUGCUUGGAUCCCAUGCCUCUUUGUUUGUGCCUUCCCUCCCCAUUCUAGGUCUGUUUUUUGUCUUUUAUAUUUUUGCUAACUCCUGUAGGAGAUGAUAACUGUUGAAGCUUUAAGUAAAUUUUACAAUUAAAGUAUUUUUUCUCACUCCCCUCCAAGGCAUUUUUGUAUUUACACUUAAUAAUUAUUAAAAACAAAAAAAAUCAAAUGAGAAAUAUAUUUUGUAUUGCCUUAAAAACCCAAACCUUUCAUAUCUCAUAGUAUUUCUUCAUUGAAGUAAUUAUCACUAAAUUCAGACUCCGCAUUUGUCUGGUUCAGUCACGUUGUGAGCCUGGCUGCAGAAAGCUCGGUGCCAUGAGUGCAAAUCAGAUGUGUAACUGCAGGUAUCGCUUGGAAAAGGGGCUCGGACACUUCAGUGGUAAAAUGUUGAGUGGCAUUUACUUUCACGUUUCUUUUAAGAGGAAAGUCUGUACCCGGCAUACAUGGCUGUAUUUAAUGCAGCUGUUCUGGAGAUGUUGCUUUUAUAAAAAGUACUGUUAGCUUUUCUUUUUUUAAUAUAUAUACGUUUGUGGAAUUCUACAGACCAACCUGACCUUUGAUGGGCACUAAUGAGUGCAAUGAUUUUUAAAGUAAAAAAAAAAAAAAUGCACAAAUAAGACCAGAACUGAUGUCAUCACUUAAAUGAAUAAACAUUUUCAAUGUGUUAAAGUGUUUUACUUCAAAAAGGAAAGAAUAUAUAUAUAUAUUCCAGAAGUGGAAUGGAAAGUCGCAACAGUUACUCGAACACUAAGCUUAAGUGAUGUUAAUUUGACAAUAUUUAAAAAAGAAAUUAGAUUCAUAUUUUAAUUUGAUCAGAUAAUUUUAUCCACAGGACGUUGAGCUUUUAUUCAUAGAAACUAGUAGAAGUUAUACCACAUUAUGCAUAAUCACAGUAUUUAUUUUGUUUUAGAUUAUUGUGAAUGUGUAGACUUAUGUUCACCGCUUAGGGAACAAUUAUUUAUAAAUUAUAUUAAUCCAGUAUUGUUAGCUGCUAUUAGCAAAACUGUUCCAAAACUAAGUACCUGCAGAGAUCUGUAUCGCAUUUACCACACUGAAGUGUUUUUAAAAGAAUCACCCUCAUUGUUGAAAGCAAAUGUACUCUUAGGGUGCAGAUAUUAGUGUUCCAAUAAGCAUGUGAUAAUUUUAAGGUGGUGGUAGCGGGAAGAUAAUCUUGAUUCCAUUGGGAAUCUUAGGUUUGCCUCAAUUUAUGGUUUUCAUAAAUUUAAUGGAAAAUAGCUUUUCCUGGACUGCUCAAGUUUCUUUUUGGUAAACAGUAUCUUUCUAAAAGAAAAAAAAAAAAAAAAAAAAA